AGCUGAACCCGGACCCGGUCUGCAGAGUCCUCCACUGCCUGCACGAGACAUGCUGCACCUCAACACCUGGACCAGUGAUCCUGAUCAAUGCAUCCUGAUGAGAUCGGCUCCCCGUGAGAUCAAUGACUGUACGGAGGCCCAAGUGUGUCGACACAAUAGUUCUCGUCCCCGGGUCGUCCGUCGGGUCUCCACCAACAGUCGGGAACGUUGGCGGCAGCAGAACGUUAACGGAGCUUUCGCCGAGCUUCGUCGUCUCAUCCCCACGCACCCCCCCGACAGGAAGCUCAGCAAGAACGAGAUCCUGCGCCUGGCUCUCAGGUACAUCAACUUCCUGGACCGGCUGGCGAUGGACCAGGGCCCUGGGGGAGCCCCCCGGGGCCGAGCGGGGAGCGUGGACCUGGAGGACCGUCUGGAGGGGGCGCUGUCACCAAACUCCAGCUGUGAGAGUUCAGUGGACUCUCUGACGGAGGAGCAGGACUGUGGAGGUCUGCAGGUCCUCCACCUCACACCCAGAUACCUCUGACAGAGUCCGGUCAGACUGAUCCAGGUUGUAAACCUGCAGUACGGUCCUUUAAAAGCACAUAUUGUUGUAGGGGACUGAGAGGUCAUGUGAUAUUCACAUUAUCAGUGUAGUUAUUAAUAUUGUCAUUAAUAAUUAUUAGACAGCUUUGAUUGUGUUUUAUAUUCAACUGAUGCUCUAUUUUCUACCAGAGAAGAAGACGUUGUGUUGUUGUAUUUUCUGCCAGAGAAGAAGACGUUGUGUUGUUGUAUUUUCUGCCAGAGAAGAAGACGUUGUGUUGUUGUAUUUUCUACCAGAGAAGAAGACGUUGUGUUGUUGUAUUUUCUACCAGAGAAGAAGACGUUGUGUUGUCGCAGUAACCAGAUUGAGUUUCUUUAAAGGAAACUUUGGUGCUUUUAUUCUUUAACUCUCGUAAUAAAACAGAUUCUUUUUAUCUGUAAUGUUCAAAUGUUUGUGUGAGAAUAAAUAAAAUGAAAGUUAUUGUUCAUUUA